GUUUAGGAGACAAAUAGCGCCAAAAAAUUUGUGAUAUUUUUUAUAUAUAUAUUGAAUGAAAUUAUAAAUCAAUGAAUGAAAUCAAUUCAAAAACAAUGCGUUUAACCGAUUAAAACAUGUGGUCAUAAUGUCUUCACACAUAUUGAUUGACUGAUUGAUUGAUUGACCAAAAUCUAGUGACCGCGCAAUGAAAAUACCGCAAAACAAUUUGUGGUCAAAGUUGACCGAUUUUUCUAAAAAUCAACAACAAAACUAUCGGGACUCGUUGGCGGCCGCCGCUUGCGAUCCAGUGGCCAAUCGGCUCAAACAAUUGGACGCCAAUCUCAAGGAUGAUGUCAAGGAUGUCAAGAAUCGUACCAUCAAUUCUUCCUCUAAUUAUUCUACUUAUUCAUCAACGACUGCUGCAGUCACGACCAACACAUCAUCGAUCACAUCAACACCUCUUGUAGUCCAUCACAACAACAACAACAACAACACCAAUAAGCGCCACAGCGGUGAUAAUGAUGAGUGGCCACAGUCAUCGGCAACCAAUGGUUUCUCUACGACGACUAACGACAACUACAAUAGCCGACAAUCAUCAUCGCCAGAGUUGUCGCCAAUUUUCAAACGCAAAAGACAACGACAGACAAUAUUCAUUGAUGACGACAACGACAAUGACAAUCAUAUCAGCGUAUCAGCUAAUGGUGUGAUCAAUAGUUUGACUGAUGAAGAUAUGGAUGACAGGGACCAACUCAAAGAAACCAAUUAUCAGGUGAUGUCACAGAUAUGCGAUUCGUUAUCCGAGUUCAUCAACAGUCAUAAGUCAACAACAAAUGUGUCACAAAUGGAUGAUUUAAGUCAACUUCUUGAUAAGAGAUCGCAAUUAGUCAAUCGUAUCAUCGAUUGUGACAUUAGGUCAUCACAGAAGAGUACUGCCACCACAACCACUGCCUCAUACUAUCCGCAAACACCUGUUUCGACUGUUGGUCAACGGUUUGCUAGUCUUUCGCCCGAUGAUAGUGGCACUGCCAACACUGACACUGCCGAUAACAAUGUAGAUGAAGUAGUAGUAAACGAUUUUUCCGAUCCAUUUGACGACGACUUUGAUGUACAUAUCGAUAGUCUAGAUAUAAAUUCAAUGAUGACUAACACUAUCAACAAAAACAAUACAGAUAUUGUUGUCGACUUAUGCGAUGAUGACAGUCCUGUUGUCUUUGCCAACGAUGAUAAUGACAGUUAUGAAUCAUAUGUCUACAACAACAAUGACAAUAGUGAUGAUAUACGUGUGAUCAGUGACUUUAAUGACAGUGUCGUUGAAGAGGACAAAGUGGAAACUGGUUUUAGUGGCCCUAAAGAAUAUGAUUUUAACAAAAGCGUUGAUCAUAUAGAUCUCAAUAAGACAGUUGAUGAGAAUGAGCACGUGACUGGUACUACCGACGGUGAUGGCCGCUGCGGCGGCGGCAGUACUAGUAGUCAAACAACUACUGGCGGUAAGUUUGUCGGUGUCUAUCGUAAUGAUGGCAGCGAUCAGUAUCUGAAACGAACAAAUUUUGCCCACUCGAUGAAAAUGGAGAGAAAGUUUAGGACAUUUUUUGGUCUACAAAGUUACCGAAUCAAUCAAAUGGAAGCCAUCAACGCAGCACUACUAGGAAUGGAUUGUAUGAUUUUGAUGCCGACCGGUGCCGGCAAAAGUCUAUGCUAUCAGUUGCCCGCAGUGCUCAGCGAUGGCGUAACAAUUGUUGUUUCGCCAUUGAAGUCGUUGAUUGUCGAUCAGGUAAAGAAGAUCAACGACAAAAAGGAUGGUUUGGCUAAGUCAUUGUCAAGUGAUGUAGAGUCCAGCGAAGUUAUGGCCAUUUAUGGUGAUCUCAGAUCCAAAGCGCCAACAAUUAAACUGCUUUUCGUAACACCCGAGAAGAUAUCGGCGAGCAAUGCACUGAUGUCUGUCUUGAGUGAUCUGUCGUCGCGCCAACUAUUGGCCAGAUUUGUCAUCGACGAGGCCCACUGUGUUAGCCAAUGGGGACACGAUUUUAGGCCCGAUUAUAAAAAACUACAAGUAUUGCGUCAACAGUUCCCGUCGGUACCCAUAAUGGCCUUAACAGCGACGGCUACACAAAAAGUGCGACUCGAUAUCGUCGCCCAAUUAGGUAUUGAUAAGCCGUCGACCAAAUGGUUUAUGCAGUCAUUCAAUCGACCGAAUCUUAAGUUCGAAGUUCGGACCAAAAACAAGAAUUCGUACGACGAGAUUUCGCUGAUGAUUCAGACAGACUUUAACAGACAAAGUGGUAUUAUUUAUUGUUUGUCGCGCAAAGAUUGCGACGAUUUAUCGCUUAAAUUGUCGAGCGAUGGCAUUAAAGUGGUGUCAUAUCACGCGGGUCUUAGCGAUAGCGAUCGCAAACGUAUACAAGAAAAUUGGAUUAUAAACAAACAUAAUGUCAUCUGUGCUACCAUUGCGUUCGGUAUGGGUAUCGAUAAAGCGGACGUCCGUUUCGUUAUUCAUUAUUCGAUGCCGAAGUCGAUUGAAGGCUACUAUCAGGAAGUGGGUCGCGCGGGUAGGGAUGGACUCACUUCGCAUUGUAUACUCUAUUUUAAUGGUUCGGAUGUUCAACGUUGGAAACAAUUGAUGACAAAGACAACCACAUCGAAACCUAUACUUCAAAUAUUUCUAUCGUAUCUCUAUAUGACUGAACACUAUUGCCAGAAUCGGGCCGAAUGUCGCCGAACACAAUUGUUGCGCUAUUUUGGCGAAGUAUUCAAUGCCGAAAAUUGUACGAAAAAUAUCCGAACCAUUUGCGAUAACUGUUUGUCCAAAGAUCAGUACAACCAGAUAGAUGUUACCGACGAAGCAGUGGCCAUAUUGCGAUCGUUGCAGACAUUGGUCGGCCAGUUUGGUCGACAACGCAAAGAAAAUAUUAGUUUGACAAAGAUUUUGCAGAUAUUCAAUGGCGGCGACAAAUUGGAAACAAAAUAUCGAUCGUUACCGAUGUUUACGAAAGGCAAGCAAUUUAAUUAUACGGAUAGAGAACGGCUGCUGAAGAAUAUGAUAUUUAUGAAGUAUAUCGCCGAAGAUACUGUUGUGUCGCAUCCGAGAGGCAUAUUCGUUGCGCACAGUUAUCUAAAACUUGGCGAAAAGGCCAGCGAACUGUUGACUGGUGGCAAGAGAUUGACGUUUUUGAUGUGCAAACGCAAGUCCAGCACCACUACCACCACCACUGCUGGCACUGGCGGUAUCAAUAACUAUGACGCUCUGGAUAUUAGCGGUUUGGAUGACAGGCCUAACACGACAGCCACCACUUAUGGUAGCAAACGAUUUAAUCCAUGGAAUAGGAAUCCAAGAUCUAUUAAAAGGACAUCAUUUUCACCGACAACAACGACUCCGUACGGCGGAACCAUUAGUGGUUAUAAUAAAAAAAAUAGUUCAAAAUAUUUCAAUAGUGGCAACAAAUCAAAGCCGGCAUCGAUCUAUGGUUUCAGUAGUCAGGGAUUUAUUGCUGCCCCCAAACGUAAACCCAAAAAAGCACAGUUAUAACAACAUUCA